UUUCCUCGGUUUCCGGAAGAUCUUUGUAGCCUUCCUAAAAGAAAGAAAAUGGAAUCCUGAAAUCGCACUUCGCUAAACAGCCAGGCGCUUUUCGGAGAAUACUAGAAGAACAACUGGGUUGUACGAUUACACUGCUACUAACACCACUGAACAGCUGGGUCUUGCUCAAGAUUGGAGAACAUCCCUCGACCUCUUCCCCCCUUCUGAAUCAAUGGAAGGGUCUGACAGUUUAGAGCAGAGUGGCAGUGACCAGCCAGAGUCUCAGCGCCGAAGGCAGCUGGACCGUCUGGGCAGGGAGGAGGCCUUCUAUCAGUUUGUCAACAAUCUCAGUGAUGAGGACUAUCGUCUCAUGAGAGACAACAAUCUUUUGGGCACUCCAGGAGAAGUAACAGAGGAUGAGCUGUUUAGUAGACUUCAACAAAUCAAAGAUGGUCCAGAACAGCAGAAUAACAACCCCAGUACUGAAAGUGGUGAAGAACCAGUUGAACCACCGGAAAACUCUGAGGAUCCUGCCAGUGGGGAUAGUCUCUUGGACUGGCUGAACACAGUGAGGCGCACAGGCAACACAACCAGGACUGGUCAUCGAGGAAACCAGUCAUGGCGGGCCGUGAGUCAGACCAACCCAAACAGUGGCGAUUUCCGCUUCAGCCUGGAAAUCAGUGUGAACCGCAACCUGGCUGAACAGCAGGCUGCUGCUGAAGGGGAGCAGGAAACUCCAGAAGAGGCUGCAGAAGAGACUCCAGAAGAAGCUCCAGCAGAGACUUCAGCAGAAGCUCCAGCAGAAGCUCCAGCAGAAGCUCCAGCAGAAGCUCCAGCAGAAGCUCCAGCAGAAGCUCCAGCAGAGGCUCCACAAGAGGUUUCAAACGCGGCUCCAGUCGAAGCUCCAGUGGAGGCUCUACAACAGGCUCCAGAGGUGGCCCUAGAAGAGGCUCCAGACGAGGGUCCAGAGGAGGCUUCAGAGAGUCAAGAAAUGGGGGAAAAUGCUGAACCACCGGUCCCCAUGGAAACAGAGGUGGUAGAAGAGCCAGUUGUAGAAGAGUUGGCUGUCAUAGUGGAACCAGAGCCUGAACUAGAAGAGGUUGUUUCACAGGAGAUUUUAGAAGAACCUCCCAGCUCACCUGCUGCCCUGCCGGUGCAACCCCCGCUUUCUCCUUCUCCACGCAGAGGGCAAAGAAGAGCUCGCAGCCGCAGUCCAGAACCACGCAGGACUAGGGCCCGUACAGCCAGGAGCCGCUCCCCUCUCAACUUGGAUCAGCUGGAUGGUCUUCCUAAUCCACGUCAUGCUCACAGCUCUCAAGGCCCCCACUCUGCCACGAAUGUCCUCCCUGUGCCUCAAGUGGAGGGCAGUUCACGGACUCGACAACACGUUCUUUCCAGGCAAAGCACUGCUGACAGUGACGUUCAACCAUCUAGGGCUGGCGCAGAACCGGUCCCAGAGGCCCAAAACAUCGCAUCUCAGGAAGGAGAAGCUGCUGGGGGGGAAGGGGGUGCAGCAGGGCGCCGUCCCCCUACUAUUAUGCUAGAUCUACAGGUGCGUCGUGUGCGUCCAGGCGAAUAUCGCCAAAGAGACAGCAUUGCUAGUCGUACCCGCUCGCGCUCCCAGAACUCCAACAACACAUUUCUUUAUGAGAGUGAGCGUGGUGGAUUUCGUAGGACUUUCUCACGCUCUGAGCGUGCUGGUGUGAGGACCUACGUCAGCACAAUCCGCAUCCCUAUCCGUAGAAUCUCUGAUGCAGGUUUGGGAGAAGCAACUUCAAUGGCUCUCCAAUCUAUGAUUCGGCAGAUUAUGACUGGUUUUGGUGAACUCGGCUACCUCAUGGAUUCAGACUCUGAUUCGUCAGAUUCAACCCGUGGAGCCAACACACCUGGGGAUCUAGCUGAAACCCUCAACAACCCAGAUACUACUCCUGCUGCUGCUGCUCCUACUGCUGAUGUUGAUGAACCACCUGUGGCAGCUGGAGUCAGAGCAAGGACAGCUGAGACUGAUGUGGAUGAGGGCCUCACCACUGGUCCACCUGCCUCUGGUGGCAGGGCUCGGCCUAGACCAUCUAUUAGCCUUGAGGAGCCUAGCUCACUGCCCUUCCUGCGGCUUGCCCACUUCUUCCUCCUAAAUGAUGAUGACGAGGACCAGCCCCAAGGGCUGACCAAAGAGCAGAUUGAUAACCUUUCCAUGCGCAACUUUGGUGAGAGUGAUGCCUUGAAGACUUGCAGUGUCUGCAUAACAGAGUAUGCAGAAGGUAACAAGCUACGUAAGCUGCCCUGUUCUCAUGAAUACCAUGUGCACUGCAUCGAUCGCUGGCUGUCUGAGAACUCCACUUGCCCCAUCUGCCGCAGGGCUGUCUUGGUAUCGGCCAACCGAGAGAGUGUGGUUUAGCUCAUUAAAAAAAAAUGCAGGUCUUUUGUCUCAACCUAAGUAAUCUAAUAUCCCAGUCCAAGUCCAAAAGAGGCUUUGAGGAAAGUGUGUCUCCACUGUUCAUCUUCAUACCAUUUGUGAGUUUGAUCAUAUUGCAGUCACAGGUUUGAUUUGGGGUGCUCCAUACGGUGACAUUGGGACAUAAUCAAUCUUCAGUAAGACAUUAUUGCAGUCCAAAGCUAGGCACAAGCAAUGCAUGCUGUUUGAAUCAACCUGUUGUGACCAAGCAGUUUUUUGCAUUGCAUCAAGCCUUGCUCACAAGCAGACCUCUAUCUCAUAAAGAAUCCCCUGGUUAUAAAUGCUGCACACCUGCAGGUAGUUCAGGCACAUGUGCUCUUUUGUAUUAGCUCCUAUAUGGCGCCUUAUGUACCAGAAGGUGGGUAUUGGGACAGAUCUUAGUUAAACCAGUUCAAAGUAUUAGUUGUAAAUAAGCUUGUAAAAAUAAUUUUGAAUCAUACUUUGUAUCAGUGAAUUGGUUUUGGAUUGUAAAUUAUCUCAUAUGAAGAUUAGAGUGGUGUUGGCCACAAUUACUCUAUCAGAGCAUCCCUAAAUAGGUUGUGUGGGUGUACACAGCAGAGUUAUUGCUAGAUUGUGGUGUCCAAAGGAUGUAGGACAUUAAUUGGUUUUCCAUUUCCAGUGUGACUUGAACUCUCCCUUUAUGUUCACCUGAAAGAAACUGUUUUGAAGUGGCAUAUACCAUGAAGAUUCUGUGUGUGCUAAAUUGUGUUAAAAAACAGAAUGUUGUACAGGUAUAAGGGAAAGAUAAAUCCAACAAGGUUAAGUUUAUUUUGGAAUCAUAAAGCAUCUUUAUUUUCUUGACCAUUAAAAAUGAUUGAGUGACCAGAAAUUAGGGAUGUCUCAAUAUUGGUAGUAGAUAUUGGGUUGAUAUCAAGUACUUAGCAUGUGAAUUUUCCCACCUCAAAAAUACUAUACUAACAGGCAUGACAUGUCAAAAAAAGUUGAAUAUAGUUGCAUUUGUUUUUUUUCCCCAUAUGUAAAAGGUCAUUUACGUUUUAAUGUACAACAAUUAUUUCACAAUUACUUUGUCCUGUCAUCCAUUAGCUUACUGGUCUUAUUCUUUAUUUUUCCACAAACUCAUUGGGUUGUCUUUAAUUACUGACUAAUGAAUUACGUUCUAUAAGCUAGUAUUGCAUAGAAUGAAAAGACCGGAAAUUGACCUAAAAUGAAAUGUAGGCUUGUCUUCUAAAGAUCUCUUUACCUGUAGGUACACCUCAAUGUACAAGUGGCAACUUAAGUUAUUAAUCCAAAGGUUUGGGUGUCAGACAUUUACAAAGUCUGAGAAAAAAUUCACAUCAUUGUCCUUCUGUCUUGCUAAGGCUCCAGUAGAAAGUCAAGAUACUCGCCCUCUGUACCCUGCUGCCUCAUGAGCAGAUGCUCCAUAUCAGUGUGCAAUACAUGCUAAAGUGAAAGUAGGGAAAUACAAACCAUGAUAUAAAUGUAUGCUGUUGUUAAAAAAAAAAACUUGUUAAUGGCUAAAAUCUUAAAUGAAGACUUAUUACCUUUUAAAAAUGUGUUGAAGUUCAUUUUAUUUUAUUUAGAAGUUCUGUAGGUUUUAAUAGCACUGUUGAUGAACAAAAACACUGGCAAAGGAAGAAAAAGGGCAUCACUACCAAUGCCAUCCUGUCAUGUGUCUUGUUUCACUUUUUGAUGUCUUUGCCACAAUUAUUACUUCCCUUUGUGGGACAUAAAGGUUUGAAUGCAAGACGUUGUCAUUGUUAAAUACCAUAAACAUGUAAAUGAAAUGUAUGUUCCCCUCUCUUAGGCCAUGCUUUAGUUUUGGCCUUGUUCUGUGACCCACCCAGUGCAGUAUGUUAACUGGGUGUUUAAUGAAACUAACCGCUGAAUUAAACAAGUUGUUAUGCUUCAAAA